AUGGACGACGUCCCGGCGGCCCAGGCGGCGUGCGCUUCCGCCUCGGAAGGUCUGGAAGAGGGCGAGGUGGAAGGCGAGACGCUCCUGAUAGUGGAGUCCGAGGACCGGGGCUCGCUGGACCUGUCGCACGAGCACAGCGGAGACUCCUUGGCCAGCGACUUGGGCGAAGACGCGGAUGGCGUCUGGGCCUGCGACGAUUUGGCUUUUUACUGCGAGCGCUGCCACAAGUGGAUCCCGGCAGCUCAUCUCCACGGCAACCAGCCCAGCUACCUGAAAGGCGACAACUUCUUCAGGUUCGUGUGCCGCGACUGCUCCGAGGAGGGCAAGGAGACGUUCGAGAGGAUGCGCCUCACCUGGCAGCAGGUGGUCAUGCUAGCCAUGUACAAUCUUUCUCUGGAGGGGACGGGACGCCAAGGGUACUUCCGCUGGAAGGAGGACAUUUGCGCCUUCAUCAGCCGCCACUGGAACUUCCUCCUGGGCUCCAGAAAGAAGACGUCCACCUGGUGGAGCACGGUGGCCGGCUGCCUGUCGGUAGGGAGCCCCGCUUUUUUCCGCUCGGGGGCGCAGGAGUUCAACGAACCGGGAUGGUGGAAGCUAGUCCACAACCGACCGCCGACCCUGCGCGCUCACAAGUCCGGCACCAAGGUCAAAGCUGCCGCCGCCGAGCCCGCCGUUGCGGCGGAAGGUCUGCGCAGGCGGGGCGGCGGCUCGGGCGGAAGGAACACGCUGGAGACGGCCACGCAGCUAAAGGAGAAGCGCUCGCGGACGCAGGAGGCCAAAGACAUCCGGCGCGCUCAGAAGGAAGCGGGGUCCGCGCCCGUCAAGGCCCGGGGCACCGGGACCAAGCGGCGCCCGCCCGACGCGCUUUUAGAGAAAGGAGAGGUGCCGGACUUCUCCUCUCUCAGUUCUUCCGACAGAACGCCGCCGAGCAGCCCCUCGCCGUCGCCCUCGCCCGACUUCUCCGCACCCGGUACGCCGGCCUCUCGCUCGGCCACGCCCAGCCUGCUGUCAGAGGCCGACCUCAUCCCGGAUGCCAUGCCGCCCCAGGCGCUUUUUCACGGCGACGAGGAAGCUGAGGCUGACGCCUUGAUCGACCCCGGGACGGAGUACGCCCCUCCCCCCGCCCGCAAGAAGUCCCGCCCGGCGCCGCCCCGCAUCAAACGGGAGGCGGACAGCGAGGACGACGGACGACGCUGCGACUUUGAGGAAGAAGCGGAAGGCCCGCGUCCGGACCGGAAGAGGGCGGCCGCCGGCGACAAAAGCCCAAAGGGGGGCAACCCUCGGAUUCCUCGCCACGCCCCCGCUGGCCCGUACGAAGAGCGGAUACUGCGACGCCGUCUGGAUGCGUGCCCGUUGGCGCUCGCCGUCACGCCGCAAGCCCGACGCCUCCGCCGGAAACUGUUAGUGCGCCAGGCCAAGCGGCAGCGAGGACUCCCCCUGCUGGACAUUGACCGCGCGCUAGGCCUGGCGGGAGGCGUCUGCGGGGCACCGAUGACACAACGAUUGGGCGACGAGCGUGGCCGCCCCAGAGAUCUCCGCAUAUUGGACCGCUUUCAGGUCAAAUGUUUGGAGGGUGGUCACGGGGGCCACCCCUCGCCGCAGCUGUCUUUUAGCUGCCGCUUAACCGGAGCCGACGGCGCCUCGGAGCAAGCCGUCAAGAGCCCGUACACGUCUCGGCUCCUCAAACCUUACAUCAGGCGCGACUACGAAAGCCGUCCCCUUAAGAUGCGUCUGCUGGCCGAGAUCCGAGCGCACCCCCACCGGCGGGACCCCGGCUGGAUCCCCGAGGCCGACGCCCCCCUGGACUACCGCUACGUGCGGCCUUCUCACAUCCCGUCGGUCAACGCCAUGUGUCGCCACAGCUUCUGGCCAGGAGUGGACCUGUCAGAGUGCCUGCGGUAUCCCGACUUCAGCGUGGUGGCCCUCUACAAGAAAGUGGUGGUCGGGUUUGGCUUCAUGGUGCCCGACGUCAAAUACAACGAGGCCUACGUCUCCUUCUUGCUGGUCCACCCUGAGUGGCGGAGGGCGGGCAUCGGAACUUUUAUGAUCUACCACCUCAUACAGACGUGCAUGGGCAAGGACGUGACGCUGCACGUGUCGGCCAGCAAUCCCGCCAUGCUGCUGUACCGGAAGUUCGGCUUCCAGGCCGAGGAGUACAUCCUGGAUUUCUACGACGAGUAUUACGCGCUGGACAGCGGCGAGUGUCGGCACGCUUUUUUCCUGAGACUGCGACGUUAA